AUGCAAGUCGUCUCCAACUUCGAUUACCAGUCCCUCAUUUCUCCGGUAGACCAUCGCCGUGAAGAAUCUCUUGCUCAUGUCGUCGACGCGCUUGAAGGCGCGUGUGCGGCGGUGAAAGUGCAGAAAGUUUACAGAAGUUAUCGCACGCGCCGGAGAUUAGCUGACUCUGUCGUUGUCGCCGAAGAGCUCUGGUGGCAAGCAAUGGAUUAUGCAAGGCUUAAUCAUAGUACGAUUUCGUUUUUCGAUUAUUCAAGACCUGAAACUGCUGUUUCGAGAUGGAAUCGUGUGGGGAAGGGUCUGUCCAUAGUCGACAAAGCUCAGAAAUUGGCCUUUCAGCACUGGAUUGAAGCUAUUGAUCCUAGGCACCGGUAUGGACACAACCUGCAUUUGUAUUAUGAAGUGUGGUGUAAAGCUGAUGCUGGUCAGCCAUUUUUCUACUGGUUGGAUGUUGGAGGAGGGAAAGAUCUUGAUCUUAAAGAAUGUCCAAGGUCGAAGCUUAAGCAGCAAUGCAUCAGAUAUCUUGGACCUCAAGAAAGGGAAGAGUAUGAGUAUGUGAUCACCGAAGGGAAGAUUGUACACAAGUUAACUGGACAGUUUCUACACACGAUGCACGGAUCGGAAGGGACAAAAUGGAUCUUUGUUAUGAGUACUUUCAAGAAACUCUAUGCCGGUCUGAAGAAGAAAGGAAGGUUCCAUCACUCAAGCUUUUUGGCUGGUGGAGCAACUUUAGCUGCCGGUAGAGUAGUUGUUGACAAUGGAGUUCUCAAGACAAUCUCUGCAUACAGCGGACAUUACAGGCCGUCAGAUGAUAGCCUCGACACAUUUCUCUCGUUUCUCAGAGAGAACGCAGUGAGCCUAGACGGUGUUGAGGUGCACAAAGCUAGUGAAGAUUCCGACAACUACGAUGAGUACUUUCAAAACAACGCAGAUGGAUCCAAAUCGUUAAAGAAAGAGGAUGCAACAUCUAAAGCAGAGAAUGAAACAGAAGAAAACGGUAAUGAAACAUUGGAGGAGACGAAACGGAGUAGUUACCAGAGAACGCUCUCAGGUGGGCUUGUGAGUCCAAAAGCUGACGUUCCUCAGAAAGCGAUACUACAAAGGAUCAACUCAAAGAAACUGUCGAGAUCUUUACAGUUGGGUCAUCAGUUGAUGCUGAAAUGGUCGACUGGAGCCGGUCCAAGAAUCGGUUGUGCAGCCGAUUAUCCGGUUGAGCUCAGAACACAGGCUUUGGAGUUAGUUAACUUGUCGCCAAGAUACCGGAGCAGCACACUUUCUCCGACCGGGGGGCUUGUUUCUCCUACGGGGAGGCUUGAUGUCUGA